CAGUUCUGGAAUGUGUUUUAUAUUUAGUAAAGGGGAUUUUUUUUUUUAUUAUUUUCUGUCGUUGAGAACUUUAAAAACUAUUAUUAGACCCUUCGUGUGUAAUCUUAUACAUAGAACGACUCGUCUGUACGUCUUUUUCAAAAAUCUCUCACUUACUGGUGUUGCGAUUAUGCGAGUGGAUCUAACGUCUGAUUUUCAUUUGAUUGAAUCUCUAACUUAUAUUGAGAAGUCACUAUCAGGAGAUUUGUACUAUUCAUAAGCUUAAUAAUGAUUGUUCGUUAUCAUCGAAACGUUUAUUGUUAAACCUCCUAUAUUUUAAGGGCAUGUUGUCAAAACUCGUGACAUUUACUUGUUUAAUGUGAAGUCCACUCUAUUUCAAAAUUAUAUUCUAACUACCCGCGACAUACUCUCUUGAUGCCAGGCGUUUGGUAAGGAACAGUGAUUACCUAUGGUAAACGUCUUAAGGCCCGGUCCCACUGGGGAGAGGAUUAAUUGCGCAUGAAUUGAGUAUACACAUUUCGGGCGUUCGUUGUCGUCCGCAACAACAUUGGCCAAAAAUGACAAAUUUCUUAGUAUGAAUUACGGAUAUAUUAAUAAUGUAUAGCGAAUAUAUGACGAAUAAAAGCGGAUAUUUCACGAAUAAAAGCGAAUGCGAUUGCGGAUGCUCUCCCAUGAGGGAUACAACUGGUAAAUGUUGACAAAUGUAUUGCAAACAUUGCGGAUAUAUAACGAACAAUCACGGAUGUAUAACGCAUGUAUUGAGGAAACGGAUCGGAUGCAUUGUGAUUAUCACGGAAGUAUUACGGAUGUAUUGAGAAUGCAUUGCGCAUGUGUUGCGGAAACAGCGGUUGUAUUGCGCACGCGCGGCAUCUACAUUGCGGUCAUAAAAGAAGCGCACUCGGGCUUUUCGGCAUUACUGUUCAUACCAACACCACAGCGACAACAUGUCUGCACGAAAUAAAUCAAAGAAGCAGGGGAGUAAGAGGCAGAAGGCUGCUGCUGAUGCAGAAAAGAGGGUACCAUCUCUCACCCGCCCCUUCCAGCCCCAUCCCGGGUUGUCGCCAGGUCUCCCACUCCACCUCCUGCAGCUGCUGCUGUCGAUCAGGUCCUGGAAGUCGUUUCUGGUCCUAGUCAUGCCGGAGACGCAUCUGAUACACUUCCUACUGUUGGCAAGGGGAAGAGCAGGGAAAAAAGAACAAGGAGAAAGCAACAGACCAGCAGCUAGAGAGGAAGCCGAGGAUGAACUUCACCCUCCCACCAGAACAAGAGGACGCUGUGUUUGAGUGGCUGGAGGAAAAUGAGCUACUGUGGAGAAGGGGACACUGGCUAUUCAAGGACACGAACAGGAAGAAGGUCUUGUGGGAAGAGAAAGGGAGGGAGCUGGACGUGCCCUCUGAACAUCUGCAGGGCUGGUGGAGGGGGAUGUAUACCUGGUAUGUGAAGCUGCACAAGGUCAAGUCUGGGCAGGCUGCGAAGAAACUCACAGAGAGAAAUAUGUGCUGCAGAAGUGUUCUUUCUAUGAGGGAGAACUGAGACACCGAUCGUCUGCACCCAUGAAACCUCUGCCUCGUGACGUGGACCCCAAAGCUGCAGAAGCUGCUUCUGAGGCUGGAUCAGAAGUUGAGAGUGCCCUCCCUGUCGAAGCCGACCGAGAAGAGGAGGUGCUCUCAAACAUAGAGAAGACCGCUGUACAGGCCUCAAAAGGUGCAGUCUACAGCCGUUCGACGAAGAGAAGGCGCCAGGAUGAUGAGGAAGAGGAGUGCUUGAGGGAGAUCCGGGACAGCAUGAAGGCCAACACCCAGCUGCUGUCUCAGCUUGUUGGCGAGAAGUCAUCCUCACCCAGGGAGCCCUUCAUCACCUACGUGUCGGACACGCUGAGAAGACUACCCGAUCAUCAGUACGACACCAUGAUGAGAAAUAUCACCUCCCUGCUGCAAAACCUUAACGCCACCGACUUCUCCUUGUCUGCUGAUAUCCCCUCCAUUCUACCUGCAACACCCAGGCCGAGGCAGUCCCAGUCUACACCUCCUUAGGGUAUGUACCAGUCGCACCCCAGUACCAGCAGUCACAGGCAACAGCAAUUCCCUGGUACCAGCUAACACAGCAGUUCCAGCAGCCACCUGCCAUCCCCCAGUACCAGCUUACACAGCAGUUCCAGCAGCCACAGUCACCUGCCAUCCCCCCAUACCAGCCAGCACAGUCCCAGCAGACAAGUACCAGCGGUGCCACUGAUCAGCUAAGACGUUCAGCAGACACUUUGUCACAAGUGUUGAAGUUGACACAUGUAUUACCUUAUCAUGUCAGAUAGUAUUACCUUAUCAUGUCACAUAGUAUUACCUUAUCAUGUCACUUAUGAACAAAAUAAAAGAAAGUGUUUGUUUAA